AUGAAGAAUGAUAUAACAACUACUGCAAUGACACCUGCAGGUUCUCAGAUACCAAUGGAUGUCACUGUCAGUGGACUGAGUUCAGUUGACAAGAGGAAUGGAUUCUUAAAGAAGUUGGGUGGCAAAGGUAUCAGCAAGAACUGGCGUCGUCGAUUCUUCGUAUUGACCAACAAUGGAAUACUAUAUUACUUCAAACAAAAGAAUGCACCAUCACCAGUUGGAGCAAUAGACUUAUCAUUAUAUACUAAAUGCUACAAGGAUAAAUCGACAAAGAAGAACUACUUCUUCUUGAGCAAUGAGAAUGAUGGUACGGUUAGAGUGUUCCAUCUGAUUGCAGACUCGCCACAAGAGAUGGACGAUUGGAUUCGAGAGAUUACGUCGUUCUUUGAGGGCGAUCUGUCCGAUCUCAAGAAUCAUCUGAUGGGCGUCAAGCAGCAGAAGGAGGAGGAGAAGCAGCUGGCCGCCGACACGCCGACGACAGGCGAGCGCGAGAUUGACAAAUUCCAGCUGGUGUUCAAAGGCGAGCGCGUCUCACUGCUGCUGCAAUCGGAUCAAGUGGCCGAGGCACUCACCCCGCCACUGCCCCUGUCAUCUGAUCAGUCACAGACGCCCGACUCGAUGCAGGAGAAUUCCGAUUCUGUCAUGUCCACCUCUGCCAACUCUGGUGCAGUCAUCGAGAUUGCCAACCAACUGGAAGAUUCAACGAUCAAUGAUAGUGGAGAUGUCCAUGUUCAGGAGCAACCACAACUACAACAACAACAGCCUAGCGAUACAAACAACAACACAACCAACAACACAAACAGCACUACCAACACAAUCACAACCAACAACAACAACAAUAAUGAGAAUGACUUGGUAGUGGACGAAGACCCAAACAUUGUGUUUGAUAUCAAUGGCGGCAACAACAAUAUAUAUAUCGRAGGAUCUGAGGGAGGAGGAGAAGUAUCAAAUGGCAAAGAA